AUGCGCCGCACCUUCGCGUUCUGCUCUAGCAGCCCCCACUUUGCCAAAGUAGCCAGUAAUGGCCUGGCGCUCAAGAGGGCGGCCCGCCCGCUCAUCACGCUCUCGCCGGCUGCCACCGGCUGCAUGCGCCCUCCCCUCACCUGCACCGCCUCAUCUUCAUCUUCAUCCUCUUCUUCCUUCCUGCUGGCACACCUGAAAUCUUCCGCAAUCCGCCCCAGCAGCAGCAGCGGCAGGCGGCAGCUCUUCACAGCCACCUCCAACCGCACGGCAGCCAAGACCACCUCCACUACACCACUCCUCGCCAGCGGCGGCCAUCGCUUCGGGGCGGCCACCAAGACCGCCAUCCGCUCCAUCCGCAUCGAAGGGCGUCCGCCGCGUUCGUACAACGGCCUGAUGGGCGACGUGGGCGUGGUCGCGCCGAGGGACAAUACGGCGUGGCUCCUCAUCGGCGGCCUGGCCGCGCUGGGCCUGGGCGGCAUCGCCCUGGCCGGCUACGUCAACCAGGAGACCACCACCAUACCGACCCACGGCGACCUCACCACGCACCGGCUGCGCGCCACCUACGGCUACAUGCUGGGCGGGCUGGCCACCACCGCCGCGAGCGCGGCGGUCCUGUUUCGCGCGGGCGCGGCCCACCGCGUGGUGGCCAUGAACCCGUGGCUCUUCAUGGGCGCCAGCCUGCUCGGCACCAUCGGGUCCCUCAUGGUCAUGCAGUCCCUCCCGCCCGAAAACACCGUGGCCAGACAUCUGGCGUGGGGCGUGUUCAACGCGUGCAACGGACUGGCUCUGUCGCCGGUGGCGAUGCUGGGCGGGGCGGUGGUCACCAAGGCCCUCGUGGCGACAGGCGCCGUGGUCGGCUCGCUGUCGCUGGUGGCCGCCGCCGCCCCGAGCGAGUCCUUCCUCUGGAUGGGCGGCUCGCUGGGCGUUGGCCUGGGCGUGGUGAUCGCGGCCAGCAUGGGCCAAAUGUUCUUCCCGGCCUCGGCUUUCCUCACCGGCAUCACCCUCUACGGCGGCCUGGGCCUGUUCGGGAUGAUGAUGCUGUACGACACUCAGCGCGUGAUGCACAAGGCCAAGACGGACGAGGUGUACGACCCCAUGACGCAGAGCAUCGCCAUUUACCUCAACACCAUCAACAUCUUCGUGCGGAUGGCCACCAUCAUGGCCAACAACCAGGGCAACCGCCGCCGCUGA